CAGUUAAUUUGACAUAUUUGAAAGAAACACACGUGUGUACAUUAGGUGAAGUGGAAUAGGGUUAAAUAAAAUAAUUAUCUGUUCAGUUAAACAGAGGACUUUUUUGUUAAAAUGCCGAAAGUGAGAUCCACAACUGGAGCCCCUCGGAAGCAGGGGUUCAACAGAUCGAAUCAUUCGAUGAACCCCGAAAGACCGACUGAAGGAUUAAAGGGGGUAUCUAAAGUGAGAACUAAGGGAACAAUAAAAAGGCUUCAGAUGUACAGGAAUUUCAAAGCUAAGAGGGACAAAACUGGUAAAAUUCUCACACCAGCACCUUUUCAGGGAAGGUUGCCAUCAGGUACACAAGCUAGAGUGGAGCCAAACCAAAAGUGGUUCGGAAAUAGUAGAGUAAUUUCACAAAACACCUUACAAAAAUUUCAAACAGAGGUAGGAAGCGCACUAAAAAAUCCAUUUCAAGUGGUUAUGAAACCUACUACACUACCUAUAACUUUGCUCAAUGAAAAAGCCAAAAAUGCUAGAGUACAUCUGUUAGACACAGAGAGUUUUCAAAGUGUUUUUGGCCCAAAGAAAAGCAGAAAGAGACCAAAUAUUGGCGUAAAAGGCCUGGAAGAAUUAACUGAGUUAGCAGACAAGUCUGCUAAUGAAUAUUCUCAAGAGAAAGACUCAAAUGUAGUUCGAGAUGAUGGUGGAGUCCGUGAUUUACCUAGAGACUGGGUUAUGGCAGCAGGUCAAUCCAGAAGAAUAUGGAAUGAACUGUACAAGGUUGUCGACAGUUCUGAUGUGUUGCUACAAGUUUUAGAUGCCAGAGAUCCAAUGGGAACUAGAUCAGCUUAUUUGGAAAAGUAUUUGAAGACAGAGAAACCUCAUAAACAUCUUAUAUUUAUUUUAAAUAAAGUUGAUUUGGUUCCUACUUGGGUUACACAGAGAUGGGUUGCUAUAUUAAAUAAAGAAUACCCAACUGUGGCUUUCCAUGCUAGCAUUACACAUCCCUUCGGCAAAGGAUCUCUCAUCAACCUUCUACGACAAUUAGCAAAACUGCACAUAGACAAGAAACAGAUAUCAGUAGGUUUUAUAGGAUACCCCAACGUUGGUAAAUCAUCUGUCAUUAAUACCCUACGAAGCAAAAAAGUUUGUAAAGUAGCACCGAUAGCUGGCGAGACCAAAGUGUGGCAGUACAUAACACUAAUGAAGAGGAUUUACCUCAUAGAUUGCCCAGGUGUUGUUUAUCCUUCAGCAGAAACAGACUCAGAGAAGGUAUUGAAAGGAGUAGUAAGAGUGGAAUUAGUUAACAACCCUGAAGAUUAUGUAAAGCAUAUUUUGGAAAGAGUUAAACCGGAAUACAUUAGAAAAACUUACAAAGUAGAUCAGUGGAAUGAUUCUAUUGACUUUUUGGAAAAGAUUGCGCAUAAGUCUGGAAAAUUAUUGAAGAAAGGCGAACCUGAUAUCACGGGUGUAUCAAAAAUGGUUUUGAAUGAUUGGCAAAGAGGUAAGCUACCAUUUUAUUGUUGCCCGCCUGGAUAUGAACAACCUUUAUCACAAACACAAGAAGCUUCUGAAGAUGAACCUGUAGGGGUAGUCCAAGAUUAUAGAAAGAUUAGAGUUAAUCUGACAUUUGAAGGAGAAGAUGUUAGAGCCUUAGAACCUAUCAAAGAUUUAAAUAGUACUUCUGAAACAAACGAUAAAUCUGAUGGUGAAAGUGAUGUUGAGGAGUCAGAAGAGGCCACUACAGAACAGAAUACCAAUGAAGGCGACAGUUCAGAUUCUGAUGUCAGCUUUUAUUCAGAUAUGGAAACAAACGAUGAAGAUAGUAAAUUAAACGAAGAUUCUACAAGUGGACCAGUGAAGAAACUUUCAAAACUCAAAUCGAAAACUGCUAAAGGAGGAAGUGAGAAGGGAGUAGUUAAGAAAAAGUUGACGAGUAAACAAAAAAGAGCUAUCGAUAGGAGUCAAAAGCGGAAAAAGGUCGGUAGUAACUUUUAUGAAGUUACUAAUGUUAAGAAUAGAAAUAGAAAUAAGAAAAAAUAAAUUCUGUUUAAAAUUG